GCGAAUUGACAUUCUCAACCAAAACAGAAGAUGGUUCAAGUACAAUGCCUUCCAACUUCAUUGUUUUGAAACGGACACGAAGAAGAAGCUAUCGUAUCAUCAAGUUAGACUAUCGUUCCUUGUCGUUGGAGAUUGUGUUAUGGAAAGAAAUAACGAAAAUCUCUGACGAUGACUUCGCGAAUUGGCAAAGUUCGGUCUAUUCUAGAUGAUAGCACACUACUAAUCGAGCUCCCCAGGCUGGGAACAUUACAAGGCUCGACUACAGUCAAUGCAUUCAGUGGAAGGCAAAUCGUGCAAUUUCUUGGCAUCAAAUAUGCCGAAACAACCUCCGGCGAGCAUCGGUUCAAGCCUCCCCGGAAAGCAUUGCCUUGGAAAGGAACUCGAAAUGUGACUCAGCAUGGACUGCCUUGUCCGCAGUUGAAACUGAUCUCGCAGUUUCCCGUAUCAUUGGCGGAUGUGGAAGAUUGCUUAACGCUAUCUGUGUACACAAAACUCUUAACCAAAAUCCCCGUUAUGGUCUUCAUUCACGGAGGUGGUUUCUAUCAAGGAUCCGCGGCAAAUCAAACUGCGGAGCUGCUGCUGGAGAAAAAUGUUGUGCUGGUGGUGGUUCAAUACAGACUCGGUCCAUUGGGUUUCGCAUCACUGAAAACGGAGGGCAUGCCGGGAAACGUUGGAUUGAUGGAUAUAAAAAUGGCCCUGGAAUGGGUGCAAGAUAAUAUCGCACAAUUUGGAGGCGAUCCCGACAACGUCACACUGUUUGGACAAUCUGCUGGCGCGGCAGCGAUUUCCGCCUUGAUGUACAGCCCACAAGUACCGGCGAAGCUCUUCCACAAAGUGAUCCUGCAGUCUGGUGCCUCCAGUGCGCCAUGGGUUUGGGAUAAAGACCCGACCGAACAUGUGAGGGAUAUUGCUGCUAUUGCGGGUUGUGACCCGAGUGCGGGAAAAGGUCGAAAGAUUGAAAUGCCCCUCCGGGAAGCCGAGCGCUGUUUCCGUAGGUUGGACGUAUGGACACUGUUGAGGAGCUUCGAUGAACACAAGACCCAUACAUUUGAAUCAAAAAGCCUAAUGGAUGUCGGGGGCAAUCGACUUACCGUUGGGGACUAUCACGGUUUCCUUCCCCAAACACCAUGGGAAUUGAUUAAAGAAAAGAGAAUCCCGCGGAACGUUCCAAUGAUGGCCGGAGUGGUUAAACACGAGGGAACAUUUCUACUCACUUCAAUUUAUGACAUUCUAAAGCGCAAAAAAUUACUAGAUGAUCCAAAUUUUGUUAAAUACGAAAUGUUAGAAACCAUCAAUAAGCUGCUGGGGAUCGAUGACCCGACAGGAAUGCUUACUGGCUAUCAGAUUAAAUCCUUGUUCACACUGUCGGAAUUAUCAAGUGGAAAAUUUGAAGAAAUGACAGACGGUCUAACGGAUCUCGCCGGAAGCAUGUUGGUCAAGGCACCACUUCUUCGAGAAGCCCAAGCAAAUGGCAUUGUUAAUCCAAACAAAACAUUCCUUUAUUCGUUCGAUUAUCGCGGGGAACAAACGCGGUUCGGAUAUGGAGCAGAUACCUCGCAUUAUCCAUUCGACGGUGGAGUGCAUCAUUCGGACGAUUUGUUGUACCUGUUCCCUUAUCCACCGGGACAACCAGAACUAAAUGAGGAUGACGCCAGAAUGUCCCGUCUGAUGGUGGAUUUGUGGACGAGCUUCGCCACCAACGGUGUUCCACGGAGCGAAGCACUCGGCAUCGAAUGGGAACCGAUGAGAGAAUAUGCUGGUCCAUAUCUUCACAUUGAUAAGAAUCCUCGAUUAGGUUCGAGUUUUUACGAUGAAUUUUCAGUAGCUAGUGAUGAGAAAAAGGCGAAAAUGCAAUGAGUUUUUAUUUUUAUUUUUUACAAUCAAUAUGUAGUUUAUCCUUUGUUUUCAAUACACUGUACAUUUUAGUAUUAGUAUUUCAA